AAGAUUUGUCUUAAUUAGACGAAUUUAACCAUACCUAGUUUAUGGGGGUGCAAAUGAUGUCUUUAGGUAGUAAAUCCACUUUGAAAAUAUUCAUUUACCGUAGCUUCCCCAGGCGUCUGGCGGGGAAAUACCCGCGUACCCCACGCCAAUUUUCUCCCUUUUCCCCAUAUAAUAGAAACAGUUACGCGUGCCGAGGACAGGUUGGAUGCAAAACACCGUUUUUCUGGUUUGCGGUGUUUAGGGGAAGGGUUAGAACAGGAAAAAAACUCGUGCAUUAGAGAACCUUAGGCUAUUGUUACAUAGUAGACUAUUGUUACAUAGUAGACUAUUGUGCGUUCGCUUUCUUCAGAAACCAUUUCAACUACAACGGACUGUGUCGUUUCUAAGAACGGAGCUUCUUGAAACAGUGAAAUUGGUUAUCCUUUUUUAUUGCAUUUGAACUCAUAAACGGGACUUAUCUGUAAUUUAUCAACUCAGCCAGUCUGACCUCCCAGCCGUCUCAACGAAAAUGUUGAUGUAUUUGUGGUCGUUACCUUUGCUAGUUCGAGUGGCAUUAUUGGUGUUGUCAAUAUUAGUUUGUGUCAAAGUUUAUUUUAAGUUAAAGAAUGCGAUUUGCACGAGCAAAAACAAAAUGACAGGUAAAACAGUCAUCAUUACUGGAGCUAAUACAGGUAUUGGCAAAGAGACGGCCAUUGACCUGGCCAAAAGAGGAGCUCGUGUCAUCCUAGCUUGUCGAGACAUCAGAAAAGCAGAUGGUGCCAAAGAUGACAUAGUUAGAGAAUCAGGUAAUAAAGACGUGAUUGUUCGGCACCUCGAUUUGGCGUCUCUCAAAUCUGUACGCAAAUUUGCUGCUGACAUUUUGGAGAGUGAGAAGCGUCUCGAUGUUCUAAUUAACAACGCUGGAUGUGUCACUGUCGAGAAGAAGUUGACCGAAGAUGGGCUAGAAUAUCAGAUGCAAACGAAUCAUUUUGGCCACUUCCUGUUGACUAAUCUAUUGUUAGGAUUGAUGAAGCAAUCAGCUCCUUCACGAAUCAUUAACGUUUCUUCGACCGCCCAUGGGUUCAUCAUGACGUUGGACUUGAAUAAUUUAAACUCGGAGUUGUAUUAUAAUAGCAGUAGUCUGUAUAACACGGUUUACUACUAUUCUAAAAUUUGCCAAAUUCUUUGUACUCGACAUCUCGCGUUGCUUAUCCGCGAUUCAGGCGUGACGGUCAACUGUUUGUGCCCAGGUCCUGUAAAGACCAACAUAUUCCGUAACGCGGCUUCGUGGUUUCAUAUCGCACUUGGGCUGCUGUUUCCUCUGAUGUUUAAGACACCUAAGGAAGGCGCUCAAACCUCCAUUCAUUUAUCCGUAGCUGAUGAAGUUGCCAAUGUUAAUGGAGAAUAUUUCAGCGAUUGCAAGAUUAAGAGAGCCUCCAAAUUGGCCAAUGAUCUCGGUCUAGCUAAGAAAGUGUGGGAAAAGAGUGAAAUUUUUGUCAAUUUGAAACCGGAGGAACGUCAUUAUUGACAAAUGUUAUGAUUCGUUUUGCGUAACGCGGCCAGUCCUGCCUUUGAAAGACAACUAAUAGCAAAAUUUAUAUCGAUAAUUUUAGCAAAUUGCCGUUUUUAUAAUUGUUUAAUCAGAAGGUCAUCUAGGUAAACAAGAUUUAAAGUUUA